AUGAUGAUCCACACUGGUGAAAAGCCGUUUUCAUGUGUGACCUGUGGAAAAAGUUUUUUUCACAAACAUCAUUUAACUCGGCACAUGAUGAUUCACACUGGUGAAAAGCCGUUUUCAUGUGUGACCUGUGGGAAAAGUUUUAUUCAAAAACAUGUUUUAACUCAGCACAUGAUGAUUCACACUGGUGAAAAGCCGUUUUCUUGUGUGAGCUGUGGAAAAAGUUUCAGUGGAAAAUACAAUUUAACUGAGCACAUGAUGAUUCACACUGGUGAAAAGACGUUUUCAUGUUUUACAUGUGUGAACUGUGGAAAAAGUUUUAUUCAAAAACAUGUUUUAACUCAGCACAUGAUGAUUCACACUGGUGAAAAGCCGUUUUCUUGUGUGAGCUGUGGAAAAAGUUUCAGUGAAAAAUACAAUUUAACUAAGCACAUGAUGAUUCACACGGGUGAAAAGCCGUUUUCAUGUGUGUCCUGUGGAAAAAGUUUUAUUCGAAAACAGGAUUUAUCUAAGCACAUGAUGAUUCACACUGGUGAAAAGCCGUUUUCAUGUGUGACCUGUGGAAAAAGUUUUAUUCGAAAACAGGAUUUAACUAAGCACAUGAUGAUUCACACAGGUGAAAAGCCUUUUUCAUGUGUGAACUGUGGAAAACGUUUUAGGCAUAAACCGACUUUAACUCAGCACAUGAGAAUUCACACGGGUGAAAAGCCGUUUUCAUGUGGACAUUGUGGAAAAAGCUUUAGUAAUAAACAGUGUUUAAUUCGGCACAUGGCGCGUCACACAGUUGAAAAGCUGUAGAAGUAUGUUCCAUAAAUGUCCUAUGUUGUAUUUGUUAAAUGUGAUCAUUUUGAU